AUGGACGGUAUUUCGAAAUCGACGGCUUUGAAUGCGUCGGGAAGCUCGUCGAGUUCUGGAAUGUGUGAGAAGGGUCGAGAGGAGGCUGAGAAAGAUGUUUUGAGUUCAGAUCUGGAUCUGGAUAUUGAAGCUGUUCCAAGAGAUAAAACGGAUUUCGAGAAGAAAUUCCAGGAUCACACUAUCGAUGACUAUGCAUCUAUGGAUCCGCCUUCAAAGAAACCACUCAAGCAAAAAUUGAAGAAGUAUUUUGGACCAGGUGGAAAACUCCGACCGUUCAGGCUGCUCAGGCAGGAUAUUAGCAAUAUACGGAAACGAUAUAUUUCGGACUGGGCGCUGUUCAACCAGCUCGUUUUUGCGAGUGCGGUUUAUGUGUUUUUUACGAAUAUUUUGCCCGGGAUCACGUUUGCGAGUGAUCUCUAUGUGAGGACGGGGAUGAAUUGGGGGACGAUUGAGGUGGUGUUCAGUACGGGAUUGUGUGGGAUUAUUUUCUCGUUGUUUUCGAUUCAACCGCUGACGAUUUUGGGUGUUACUGGGCCAUUUGCUGUGUUGGCUGAAAACAUUUACGAGCUUUGCGAGACUUCGUUUCACGUCGAUUUCCUCUCCAUCAUGGCAUGGUCCCUCAUCCACGCAGCCUGGAUGCACUACCUCCUCGCAAUCUUCAACGCCCACGACUGGACCAUGCAAUACGUCACCAACUUCACCGCCGACAUCUUCUCGCUCCUCAACAGCGUCAUCUACUUCCACAAAGCCAUCCAAGAGCUCCAGCGCAACCAUGCCCAAGUCUCCUUCGCCUCCUUCCUAUACUCCGUCAUUGGCGCUGUCGGUACUUUCCUCCUCGCCGUCUUCCUCUCGACAGCCAAUUCAUGGAAACCUCUCUUUCAUAGAUACAUCCGUAUGGGCUUAUCGGAAUACGCAGCAGCGAUCUCAAUCAUCCUAUUCAUCGGCAUCCCCCACAUCGGCGAGCUCGCCACCCUCGACAAACAAACCCUCGUCGUGCAAACCACCUUCCGACCCUCCAGUCCCGCCCGCAGCACAUUCUUCGUCCAAUUCUGGACGCUGCCCGUACAGUGGGUAUUCCUAUCCAUCAUCCCCGGCUUCAUAAUCACCGUGCUGUUCUACUUUGAUCAUGAGAUAAGCAGUAUUAUCUGUACGUUGGAUAGGUAUGGGACGAAGAAACCGGGCGGGUUCGCGUGGGAUGUUGUGUUGCUUGGGACGACGACGGCGGUUUGUGGGGUUCUGGGGAUUCCGCCUGCGAAUGGACUUUUGCCGCAGGCGCCGCUGCAUUCCGAGUCGUUGAUGCAUACUGUGAGGUCUGAAACUCUUGUUGUGGAUCAGGAGACUGGAGAGAGGGGGGUUAAGGUCGUGGAGAGGGAGCAGGUGUAUGAGCAGCGCUGGUCGGCGUUCUUGCAGGCUGGGUUUAUAUUGAUGUUCAUCUCGCCGCCAUUGCAGCGUGUCUUAGGUCUCACGCCUACGUCUGUUCUUGCGGGUCUGUUCUUGUUCAUGGGCGAGCAAUCUCUUGCUGUGAAUCCGAUUCUGUUUAGGUUCUUCCAUAUAUUGACUCCAGCGUCGGAAUUACCGCCUCUGCCGAAGGGAAUUGGGAGUUGGUGGGGGGUGCAUGGGUUUACGGUUGUGCAGAUUGUGGUUACGGGGGGGAUAUUUGGGAUUACGUUGAGUGUUGCGGCGCCGGCGUUCCCGGUGGUUAUUAUUGCGCUGGUGCCGGUUAGGUUGUUGUUGAUGGGGAGGGUUUGGGGGAGGGAGACGUUGAGGUUUGUGGAUGGGUGGGCUUGUAGGGAUGGGGGGCCGGAGGAGGAUGAGGAUAGGAGGAGGGAGGAGAGGGAGGGGGAGGUCUGGGUUGGGAAUGGAGAUGGAGGUGGGAGAGUGAGAGGGAUUGGAGAGAAGGGGAAGAUGAGCGAAGUCGAUGGGAAUGUUUGA